AUGGCGAAUGCAGUGGGGCCGGGAUUCAUUGGCCAGAUCGGGGAAUAUUUUCCCAAAAGAGAAGAAUAUGGAAACUAUGUUAGAAGAUUCCAGAUAUGGAAAAAAGCCAAUAAGAUACCAGAAGGGGACGAAGUAAUUGUCUUCUUAGCCAUAGUUAAGCCUGAGUCGUUCGAAACGGUGUCUAAUCAUUUUUGUCCAGACGACCCAAGUACCAAAACUUUCAAAGAAUUGAAUGAGGUAUUGGAUACAUAUUAUGGUUCCAGUAAAAACCAGAUUGCACUCCGUUUGGCGUUCCGACAAUGUCGUCAAGGGGCAAAGGACUCGAUAACAGAGUACAUCCUUGAACUGAAAAAGCUGGCAAGGCAUUGUGGGUAUGGUGAACAUCUGGAUACCAACCUUCGAGACACUUUCGUAGCAGGUCUGCGAAAUAACAAGGUGCAGGCGAAGCUCCUGGCCAAAGGAAAUGAGCUGACCUGGAAAGUUGCAGUUGAUGCAGCAAUUGCGAUGGAGCUGGCAGAUGCAGAUAGUUUAAAACUGCAGCAAGGGUCAAGCAGCGGUCAACGUUCAGCAGAGGUGCAUCGUCUAGAAAGAUCUCAACCAAGGGCCCCCCAGCAGGAGAGCACAUGUUACCGAUGUUUAGGUUUCCAUCUACCUGCUACUUGUCCCCACCGGCAGACGACCUGUUAUAGUUGCAGGAAAGUAGGGCAUCUGAAGAGGGCAUGCAGAAAUGCAACAUCAAGCUCCAGUUACAGCAAAGGACGCGGGAAACCAUGGAACGCAAGUCGCGGACAGUCCAACGAACCAUCGCAAGGACGCGGUAGAGGUCCAGGUCCAGGCCGGGGUCGUGGGUAUAGUCAGCAAAGUACAAGUCAAGGAAAAAAGGACAGUAGAUCGAACACACAUCUGAUCGACACAGAAGUCCAGGAUGACAAUCCUAAAUUGUUCGCAGUUGAUGAACAAGAUACUAGUAUGGACUCAGACUCAGUUCCCAUUGUUGAAUUUGAUAUUUCUGAUCAUGUUGUGCCAUUUGUUGUAGAUACAGCAGUAGCUGAUUCAUUAGAAGUAGUAGAGGAGUUGGAUAGGCUAGGAAAAGCAGGGGUGAUCAGGAAAGUGAAGAACAGUAGAUGGGCGGCCCCAAUAGUUACUGUUCCAAAGUCUGAUGGGUCAGUCAGAUUAUGUGGCGACUAUAAGCAAACAGUUAACACUGUAUUAGAGGAAGACGUUUACCCAUUAGCUACCUGUGAAGAUCUGUUUGCUAAUCUAGCUGGUGGCAAGGUAUUCAGUAAGAUUGAUUUGUCAAAUGCUUACUUGCAGUUAGAGUUGACCGACAAGAGUAAGGAGCUACUUACAAUUCAUACACACAAAGGGCUGUAUGAGUAUGAAAGAUUACCAUUUGGGGUAUCGACUGCUCCUGCAGUGUUUCAAAUUGUUAUGGAUCGAAUCCUAGGUGGUAUGAAGGGAGUGUUCUGCUACCUAGAUGACAUAUUGAUUAGUAGCGAAAAUGAGGAAGAUCAUAUCAAAACACUGAAUGAGGUGUUAGGGAGGCUCGAAGAGUAUGGUGUCAAGGCGAAGAAGGAAAAGUGUUCCUUCAUGGUUUCUAGAGUAAUAUACCUAGGACAUGAAAUUGAUAGUAAGGGUGUUCAUCCUACUAAGGAGAAGGUAGAAGGAAUCUGUGAUGCAAAGAGACCAGAGAACAAAGAUGAGUUGAGAACUUUCAUAGGCAUUGUGGUGUAUAAUGCUAAGUUUGUGCCAAAUUUAGCUAGUACAUUUGCAUCAUUAUACCAAUUGCUCAGAGAUGAUGUCGAGUGGAAUUGGACCACUGAGUGUCAAACUGCUUUUGACAGGGUAAAAUAA